GAUGCCCUUUGCCCUUCCAAUCUCCGUGCCCAUGAGUGUUUGAAUAACACAAGACAACAGGAGUGAAUCUGAGGCUAAGCCCCCAUAGCGGCAAAACCCCCGACCCCACAAAAGGGCCACAAAAAUCGUGAGCCAGAUCAAAACUGCUAAUCUUCCAACUGAGCACAGCCCAGGGUCACAGAAGAGAAGAGGGUGGGACUUGUGAAAGUUUGUUUCACUUUCCUUCUCCACACUGCUCCCUGCCCGUUGUCUCAGGGCAAAAAGCCAGCAUGGCAAAGACGCCGAGAGACCAUCUGUUCGACACCAUUAGAGAGCUGGGCGAGUCGGACUUGAAGACGUUUAAAGACAAGCUGAACAAUUUCCAGCCCAAGCCAGGUUAUAACCGUAUCAAAUGGGGAGAGCUGGAAAAAGCAGAUGCUGUAGAAAUCACUCGCCUGCUAGUCAGCUACUACAAGGAGGAUUACGCGGUGGAAGUGGCCGGGAAGGUGCUGGAGGACAUGGACAAGAAGAACCUGGCACACAACCUGUUCCAGGCCACAGAGAAGGGUGGCGCCCAGCAGACACCAGCACCGACCAGCAGCACCCGGACCAGAGUCACAGCAGGUGUAGCCGCCCCCAUGCCCAGGGAACACAGGCCAGGCUCGUCCAGGGCUGGAGACUCAGGUAGGGUGACCAGACAUCCAGGUUUUCCUGCACGUUGCCUAUGAGCCUCCUUCCUCCGUCCGGGCAGAUUUUUCAGAUAACAGGAAAUGUCCAGGUGUUUUGCAGAGCAGAUGCUGGAGCUCAGCAACAGGCCCAAUUGUUCAGCUUCCUGGUUGGUCCCACCCCUGCUUCUGCAGCUGAUUGGUGCAACCACAGCUGCCCGAUCCUGCCCACCCAGGCCCCGGCUCCCAGCCCCAGGGAACGGGGUCCCGCAGGGAGUUGCUAACUGGUGGCUUUCGCUGCAUGCUGGACUUGCAUCAGCCGUCCUGCCCCCAUGACAGGGAGCAACACCCCCCACCCUCCAGUGAGUACCCCCACCGUAGGUGCCCCCUCCAGUAUCCCCAAUUGUACCCCACUCCUCCUUCCUCCCUCAGUUCCCCUCUUUGAAAACUUGAAAUAUGGUAACCCUUGACUCAGGUCACCCCGGGGCCAGACACAGGCCCCCCGCCCACACUCAGCGCAUUGGCCCUCCAGCUGCUGAUGUCAGGGGAGCUGCUGCCACCCAGCGCAGCCUUCCACAGCCGGCAGGUGGCUGUUUUAAUGCUGCUUAUUCAGCUCACUCAUUGUAGGCUCACUCUUGUUGUCGGGCCACAGCUGGGUUAACUCUGGCCUCUGCUGUGUAGACGGCCGAAUGGUUCCUACUAACCCCGUUAGCUUGUGCUCCAGCUCCCGGGGCUGCCGGGCUACCCAGCAUGGUUACACUACUGUCCACAUACCGACUGGAACUGAGUUGGAGCAAGUUCCAGCUCACAUUGCGUUUCUUUUUACAACUGAAAUCAGAAUCCGGCCCUGACGCCAUUGGCCUCAGCGGGGUCACUGCAGAUUUACCCGGGGUCACUGAGAUGAAAAUCGAUUUUCUGGGAGUGUCUCAUAAUAACAGUAAUAACAACUUACAUUUUAUCUUAUAAUAAUAGUUGUGCAUGUAAUAGAUUGUGUAUAUGUCUAUAUAAACACCCAAAUGAAUGUGUCACCCCAACACAGCUAGACAGAGAGAGGGGUGUGUAUGGGGAUAGAUAGGUGGAUAGAUAGUGGUGUAGGAGGAUAGAGGGAGGGAUGUGUAUGGAGAUGGAUGGGUGUCUUUGAAAAUACUGGAGUGAUUUAGAAUCCCAUUGAUUUUUUCAACAGAAUUUUUACUCAGAAGUCUUUUUCAUGCUUUAAAAAAAUGACACCCCAUCACGGAUCCACAGGAUCGGUGCUAUGGCCCCCACUUUGGAACAGUCUCUGGGAGGACCCAUUCAGUGAGCCAGACCCCCUAGAGGUCUCCCUCUUUCCCCAGGGUAAGCCACCACGUGCUUCUGAAGACUGGACCUCUGGUCAUUCAGCACCACGAGCUCCAUUCAGUCAGUCCCACUGAGACAGACCCCUGCGGGAGACUUGUACAGUAUUAGGGAGCAAUGCACCCCACCCCAGCACCUGCAGUGACACUCAGACAGCCUUGUCAGUGUUGGGUUUACUAGUCAGCCGAGGUACAGCCUAGGAAGUCCUUGGUUAGCACAGGGAAAUGAAGGUCGAAGCAUAGGCCAUUCUGGAUAGCCAGAGCCCAGCCAAGCUGUAGUGAACCCUCAUUGUUCAAAAAGAACAGGAGUACUUGUGGCACC